AUGCGUCUUCGUUCCACUUUGCUGCUUGCUGCGGCAGUAGCAAUCGUCAACACCAAUUAUCUAGUUGAUGGCGCUGUUGAAGAAAGGCGUUUGGGUUUUACGAACUUUUUGACAGAGAGUCAUACGAAGUUUGCGAAUCAUGCAAAUCAGUAUGACAGUAUGGCUAAAAUGGUCGAGGAACAUCAAAUUGAGACAUUGAAAGAGAAAGCAAAUAUUAAUACGAACAAACGUCUAUUCAAGCACUUUCUCAAGUAUUACGAUGAUGAUGAAAUAGAAUUUCUUAAGCAAAUUCAGAAAAUUGAGACAUUUCCGGAGCCCGAAUUCCUCAAAGAAUUUAGACAAAUAUUUUUCAUAAAGUGGAAAAAGCGUGGACUAGUACCAGAUGACGUCGAAGCUAUCGCUGGUCGAUAUUGGGCUUUUCUAUAUCGUAGAGAUAUGAAGUAA